AGCAGCAGCAGCAGCGGCCGUGCCGGGAGCGGAGCGCAGCAGAGCAGGACAGAGGCUACAGCGCUGUGAUCGCUCCUCAGAAUAAAAACCAUGAACCCAGUCUAUAGUUCAGGUGCUUCAGGGGUUCCAUAUGCAAAUCCAAAAGGAAUUGGAUACCCAGCAGGUUUUCCAGUUGGCUAUGCAGCAGCCGCUCCUGCCUUUUCUCCUACUGUGUAUGCUGGUACGAACCCAGCCUUCCCAACAGGUUAUACACCAGGCACACCUUAUAAAGUCUCAUGUUCUCCGACCAGUGGAGCUGUACCACCCUACUCCUCCUCUCCCAACCCGUAUCAGGCAGCUGUAUAUCCAGUUCGAAGUGCCUAUCCACAACAGAAUCCUUAUGCACAGCAAGGCACUUACUACACACAGCCACUAUAUGCAGCACCACCUCAUGUAAUUCAUCAUACCACAGUUGUCCAACCAAAUGGAAUGCCUGCUGCCAUGUACCCACAACCAAUUCCAUCACCCAGAGCAAAUGGUGUUGCCAUGGGAAUGGUAGCCGGGACCACUAUGGCAAUGUCAGCAGGCACUUUGUUGACGACCCAUUCCCCAACGCCAGUAGCUCCUCAUCCUGUUUCCAUGCCUGCUUAUAGGACUCCAGCAACACCAACUUACAACUAUGUACCCUCGCAGUGGUGAUCAAGCUGUCACUGGAAAUGUUGAAAGGUGGGAGAUAUGCAAUCAAACAAGUUUUAACACUUGGUGCUGAAUCCCACAUGCCUCCAACCAGGAUCCUUCCAGUUCAUCAAUGCUCUCAAUACUUGCCAAACACUACCAAAAAUAACACGAAGAUUAUCGUGGCUGCAUAUCUUGCAUCUUGGAACUCAGCAGUACUCAAGUCAUGAAAAACCUGUUCUGUGGACUGUCUUGCAAUUUUAUAGAUUAUACAAAAGGGAGUAUAAGUAUAUUUGGAUUCAUAUCUAGUUCAAUGCAUGUUACAAAAUGCUUGCUCAAAUCUACCUGCAAUGACUGAUGCAAAACCAUCAUAUGCAAAAUCCAAAGGAACUGAGAUUCAAAAACAUUUUGCAACUUACUUUCAAUAAUGCAGAGUCUUAUUGUAUGUAAUGUUUGAAAAGAAAUUGUGCAAGUGAAUCUCUAUAACAGAAAGAAAAACCUCUGGCUGAUCUGUUUUAUUCAUUUUAUUUUAAUGCGAACAGUUAAAUUCCUUUAGCCAGUGUAUUAAUUUGCUUUCUUGAGCAACUGAUGCAUUUAGAGCACAACACCUGGAGGUGGUAUUCCGGUAGGCAUGAAAUGAAGCCUGCAGGGAUUGACUUACCAGCCCUUUUUCAUUUAAAACUGCAUUAGAUUCAGUGUUAUUUUAGGGAGAGGCAGCUGUAGGGAUUAAAACAUGAUGGAUAAAGGAAAUGUACUGGCAUUUUAAAAAAUCUGAAAUGGCCAGCAGUAAGGUAAAAUAAAGUAUUUUUAUAUUCUUUGAUUUAAUAUUUCAGUAACAUACACCUGACUUAAAAUCAUGACACUUGAUUUGUAGUUUAUGAAUUUGGCAGCCUUUAAAUAUUCGCAUUUUGUUCUAUUGUCUAAGUUUUUCAUUGAUUUUUUUUUGUAAAAUUCAAAAUCACUGGUCAUUUUGGGCAAUAGAUAAGUAACAUCACCAGUGCUUAACAGCAAUCCUUAAAUGGUAAUACUUCCAGGAUGAGGAUCCUGGUUGUAAUAUGACAUUUAAAGGCCUUGGAUUGUUUUCAUCGUUGAAGGUGCACAUGAGUGCUGCCUAGUAGUGGACAAAGGUAACAAAGAUGAUAUUGUUUAUAAGUCCUUUAUGUAUAAUUUGAAUUAUUCUGAUCUGUUCCAGAUUUUGUAUCACAUAGGAUGAAUUAAUUGGUUAAGCAAGCUUGAAUAACAUUUUUGAUGGCAUUUAUGACUUCAUGCUUCCAAGUAUUCACACUAGUAUAUAACCAAAGGAGGUAAAUUUCUUGUUGCUGGUUUAAGGAAUCUGUCCAUUACAUUUGUCUGUAAUCUGACCUUUGCAGGGCAUGCUAGUUUCUGCAUCAAUUGUGAUCUACAGACUGUCACAGUUUAAAAACUGUUUUGCUGUUAAUGAUAAGAAAGGCAGAUAGUCUUUUUUCAGCAUUUGUUAAGAUCUUUCACCCUAAUCUCUGCAUUUUACUGCAGUAGAGGAUUCUUAGUUCCCAUGACCUGGUAAUGUCAUCAUUGAACUUUCUUUUGGGCCAUAAACUGAAUAGUGUAAAUUGACAUAUCCCCCAGCUUUUCCUGUUUGGGCUAAUUGCCUUGUCCAGAUGAUUCAGCUAAGAUCUAGACCCUGCAGUAUUGGAGGAAUACUUGGAAAACAGAAGCUGAGAAGCUUGAUUUAUAGUAACCAGUGUAAAAUUCCUGAGUCCUGCUUGUAUUUUUUGAUGUGUAACAAAACAAAAUCAGUCAUGUCAAUUUAAUGGGCUCAAUGGGUAAAUUGGCUGGUACAUCUGUUGAAAAUGAUAAGGUUAUUUGGGUCAAGAGUUUAGAGGUUUUUGUAUAUAUUUCAUAGGACCUAACAGUUUCAAUUAAAGAAGACUUGUUUUAUAACCUCAGAAAACAAAUUAUUAAAGUAAAAUGCUGCCCUCUAAGAAAUUAAUAAUGAUAAUAGCCUUCAUAUAUCAUGAAAUGUCAUUGCAGAAAUGGCCCUAAACCAUAGCAAAUUCUAAUUUUCCAGGGAUUACAAUUGUCUUGCAGUGCAGUUGAGGGCAUACAGCUGUCUUCCUGUAUGUGCUUGUGAUAUGAUUGAUGUAGGGAGUUUAACAGGUUGCUGCUGGUAUCAUACAUGAUGCAUAAAGGAUCCAAAUUCUGCGAAAUAGUUACUUUCUAAACUCUUGUUGGAUUCUACCUGAAUUAGCACAAAUGGAGGAAAAUAGUUGUGGAAACCAUUUAUGUAGAGGAGUUAGUCAGUUGAUGAAUUAGAAUUGUUUUGAUAGUAGCUAGCAAAGAAGUAUUCAAGGGGAACAAGCACACAACUUUUAGAUUCAAAUCUUUCCUAUUCCAUGUUUUCUAUAUUGAACUUUUAUAAUGGAUUUAGCAUGUAUGUAAUUUCAUGUUUAAAAUACUCCCAAGACCACAGUUCUUCAACUCUUUGGAUAGUCAGCACAUUGCUGCUGGUAAUAGUAAUGGUCAAGGCAUUUAACUUUCAAAAAUAGAGCAUUAUGAAACUUAAUGGUUUGUUGUGAACUCAUUUAACAUCUAGUUGUGCAGAAUGCAGAAAUGGAAUUCUGCAGGCCUCCUAUGUAGCUGCAUUUCAGAUUGGCGGUGUGUCUUUUGGCUGGGACUUCUGAGGUUCUUUUACAGACCUUGCAUUAAAAUGGCACAAACAAGGAAGUAGUUUUAAAAUUGUAAUUGUAUUCUUGAAUCCUCUUUGGUUUGAUGUGAGUUAGAUAAUGAAGUCUUCGCUCAUUUUUCAACGUGAGAUUUCUCCAAUGUGAUGUUUGCAGGCUGUUUCUAACCUGGUGUUUACAGGGCUUGGAAACGUGACUAAAACAAAGUGAUCUUUAUUUAGUAGAACUGUACUGUGGCUUUUUAAUCUUUGAACGUUCACAGUUACAGACUAAAUUGACUUUCUGAAAAAUACCUGAUUUUAAUAAAAUUAGCAGAUGUGAUCACCAUUGAAAGAUUCUUAAAAAUAAAGUGCUUUUGGUGCUUGUUCUUUUAAAGAUUUACAAGUUAAAUUUACAAGAACCUAAUUACCAACCUGAAACCAACACUGUACACUGGACUAAUGCUUUAAUUUCCUCUUCAUUAAAAGAAAUGCAUUUCCAAUUAGUUCUAUUUCAACCCACCAACUGAACUGAUAUGUACUGAAUUUUUAGUCUUCUAUUGUGGCAUCAAUGUGGACAAUGUAACAGUGCAGAAUGGAAAUUUUAGGGUGUGGUUUUUCAAAUAUGCAAUCCUUGCUUAUGCCAUGAUCAUUUGGAAUCGGUUGUAGUUCUGUCAUAUUUGUUGCAUACCAGUGGUUAGUGGAUGAACAAGUCAUGAAGACUGAAUUAACAGUGCAAAGCUGCUUAGGCAAUGUUCGUAGCUAGCUUGUACACUUCCUUUAAUGUAUAUUUUAAGGAGAAAAUAAUGGGUACUGAUGUGAAGAAAAAAAAUCAACCAUGGAAGCCUGACUAGGAUAAUGUUUAAUAUAAAGCACUGUUUAAAUCUGGGAGUUUCUUCAUGUUACUGCUGUACGUGCACUCAUGCUGAGUUUGACAUUUAGUUGCUUUUUUAUUUUUUUAAACUUGGCAGACCAAAUUAUGCUUUAUUGCACAUUAUAACAAAUUACUCUCAUUUGGUGCUUUAGCCACCCCUUGGUGUUCAUAUUACUACUCACAUUUUGGUGAGUACUCGAUGCAAUUUUUUUUUUGAAAAGUGUGGAUGGAGGGGAAUCUAAAAUUUGACUUUCUUUAGCAUCCAGAGACUUAUCAGGGGCCAUGUUUGAAAUUUGCAAAUGGAUAUGCAACUUUACUGCACUUUGGAAUGCAUGCAGGUUAAUUCUGAGCUGCUGUUGCAUUUUUUGUAAAGGAACAUGUAAAUUAGGCAGACUAAUCCUGCUCCACUGUCCAAAGGUUCUAUUCAGAGAAGCUAAUUAACUGACCUGUGGAGUUAAAAUGUAGUGCAAAAUCUUCUCGCCUCAUGCAGUUUUAAGACUGAAAUAUUCUCAAGCUGCUUGGAUAAUGCAUGCUUUUGCUCAGAGACUGAUUUGAAAAUGACUGGUGUUGAAUUAGUGUAUUUUGGUUCAUGAAUAUCAUAUCUAAUUGAAGUUUGUUUCCUAAUUAACAGUGCUUCAGCAAUUCUUACACUUAAAACUGGGUGGUAGGUGUUCCUUCAGUGACAUUCAGUGUUCAGUUGAAGUAAUUUGUAGUUGGCUUGGAUUGGGACAAAUACAGAAGUCAACAGAGAUUCCUGAGCAAACAUGUUUGUGUUAAAGCAUUCAGUAGUUGGAUUGACAUGUUCAAAAAUGUUGGAUUCCUGCCAAGCAACUGGAUGCUAUUCUCAUUAAUUCUUUGUAUGGUGAUGCAGAGGGUCACUUUCCUUUUUCUCCCUACCUUUUCCUUUAUCAGCAUCAAUUGGGAAGCAGACAAUAGCACCUGAUCUGAAGAACUAUUAGAUUAUAGAACAAAGGAGGUAUCUAUCAUCUGUUGUGAGAAUCUCCCCUCACCACUCUAUCCAUCCACCUCCUGCUUAAAUUCCCAUCAGAGCCACUGACUCAGUAUACUCAGCAGCAGUUGAGAUAGAUGUAAUCCAAAAUAUUUUCCUCUUUUUAAUAAGAGGUUGCAAUUUUGAAUUGCAAAAUUUUACUGAAUGAGUAGAUUUGUGUAUGUUGGUGUGCAGUUAUAGUGCUGUAUGACAGCUUUUCUGUUCAAAAUAAAAUUAUCGUAUGCAACACACAGGCACAGCAGAAUCACCCUGGAGAGUUUAUGUAUGUUUUUGUUAGGGGCACACUUUUUUAAAAAAAAAUUGACUAUUGAACACUAUGCUUAAUAAAUAUAAACAUAUUAUUUUGGUACUUAUUUAGUCUAGGUCAGUGUUGUCUUCCAAAAAGCAGUUUUAAAGCAAAGCACCAUUUUACAUUGGAUAACAUAACCAGAAAAUUUGACAUUUCCUUUCUGAGCCAGUUCAAUUAUGUGUAAAUUCAUACAUUGUUAUUUUUUUAAAAGCAAUCUGACAAGUAGGUGAGCUCAGAUUUAAAAAGAAACUUCAAGGCAUGUUUAUUGUAACAAGAAUUGUUAUGUAUUAAUACUUAAGUUUUCAAUAAAGAUUGACUUGUGUUGCUUACA